AGUAUGUGUGGCCCAAAUCUCGGCUGACUGCGCGCGCCCGUCAGGCCGAAAGAGCUGCCCACAAUCAGUGAGCUUGCUCGGCCUGCUCCGCUGCCAUGUCGCCCCAGGUGGGCUUCAUCGGCCUGGGCGCCAUGGGUGAGGGCAUGGCUUGCAGCGUGCUUAAGAAAGGCUUCCCUCUGAAGGUUUUCGACAUGCGCGCCGAGGCCGUCGAGAAGCUUGCAAAGCUCGGCGCCACGCGAGCAGGGACGGUGCGAGAGUGCGCAGAGGGCGUCGACGUGCUGGUCAUUGCCGUGGUGAAUUCUCAGCAGGUGGCGUCUGUGCUACUUGACGAGGCCGUGGGCGCUGUCAGCGGAGGGUUCCGCGGCACCUGCGUGGUGUGUGCGACGAUCUCGGCCGCGUUCGCAGAGGAGACGGCCGCGAAGCUGGAGAAGCUGGGGGCCCGAUACGUGGACGCACCAAUGUCUGGCGGCACCAUCAGGGCCGCCGCUGGCCAGCUCACCUUCAUGGUGGGAGCAGAGGAUGCUGCGCUGCAGAGCGCCCGGCCCGUGUUGGAGGCGAUGGGCAAGGUCUACCUCGUCGGCUCCAAGGCAGGCCAGGGCUCCAGCAUGAAGAUGGUAAAUCAGCUGCUCGCCGGAUCUCACAUAGCAGUGGCCGCCGAGGCCAUGGCCCUCAGCGCCAAGGCCGGCCUGAACACGAGGCAGGUCUUCGAGAUUAUCACUGCUGCCGCCGGCAAUUCCUUCAUGUUCGAGAACAGGGUGCCGCACAUGCUGGACGACGAUCCCACGCCGCAUUCGGCCGUGGACAUCUGGACGAAGGACUUCGGCAUCGUCCUGGACGAGUCCAAGCGUCUGGGCUCCCCCUGCCCCAUGGCGGCGCAGGCGAUGCAACAGUUCGUGGCCGCCAAAGGGCUGGGCCUCGGGUCCAGCGACGACAGCUUCGUCGUUAAGGUCUACGAGCGCUUGAGCGGGGCCAAGGUGGCACGGCCGCGCGAGGUGGAGGGGGGCGAGCCCUCGAAGAGGCCAAGGGGCUCCUGAUCGUUUUCUUUGCGCGGCAGUAUUAGUGUGACAAGGUGUCGGAGGACAGCGCAAGUGAGCGAUGGCACGAGCGUGCUGGACCCCCGUCCGUCAGCCCAUCCAGAACCAAUUCCUGGCCGAGCCCCCUGAAUAGGUGCAUAUUUAUUGAUAGAAUGCACAGGCGUACGGCGGCUUUGGGUUUUCAUCACACAGCGGCAAACUGAGCUAUCGUAACUCGGAUG